AUGCCCUUCCUCAACAGCUCUGACCUCAGCCCAUCCUCCUUCAUCUUGGCCAGCAUCCCGGGGCUGGAGGCUGCCCAUUUCUGGAUGGCGAUCCUUCUGUGCUCCAUGUACAUCUUGGCAGUCACAGGCAACUCCGUGGUGCUGUUCAUCGUGAAGACGGAGCCCAGCCUGCACGCUCCCAUGUACUUCUUUCUCUGCAUGCUGGCUGCCAUCGACCUGGCCUUGUCCACGUCCACGGUGCCACGCGCCCUCUCCUUCUACUGGUUCAACACCAGGGAGAUCAGCUUUGGCGCUUGCCUUGUCCAGAUGUUCCUCAUCCACACCCUCUCAGCCAUCGAGUCCACUGUCCUCCUGGCCAUGGCCGUGGACCGGUACGUGGCCAUCUGCCACCCACUGAGACACGCUGCCAUCCUCACCAACGCUGCGACAGCAAAAAUAGGGCUGAUAGCCAUGGCCAGGGGAGUUCUCUUCUUCCUGCCUUUGCCUUUGCUCCUCCUGCCCCUUCCCUUCUGCCGCUCCCGGGUGCUGUCACACUCCUUCUGCCUGCACCAGGACGUGAUGAACCUGGCCUGCGCCAACACCACCCCCAGCAUGGUGUAUGGCCUCACCGCCAUCCUACUGGUCAUGGGGCUGGACGCCAUCCUCAUCUGCCUCUCCUACCUCCUGAUCCUCAAGGCUGUCUUGAGGCUGGCGUCAUGGAAGGAGAGGCUCAAGGUGUUCAGCACCUGCAUUGCCCAUAUCUGCGUGGUCCUGGCCUUCUACGUGCCUCUGAUUGGGCUGUCCGUGGUGCACAGGUUUGGGAAGGACCUGGCUCCACUGGUCCAUAUCACCAUGGGGAACAUCUACAUCCUGGUGCCCACUGUGCUCAACCCCAUCAUCUACGGGGUGAGGACCAAACAGAUACAGAGGAGGAUCCUGAAUUUAAUUCAUAUAUACAAUGACAGAACUGCCCAUUGA